AUUUAAUAGAACCAAUUUUUUUCUCUUUGUGUAUCGAACACAAAAUAUAAGAUAAGUAAGUUAUAAUACAACGUUCAUUAUGGUAUCUCAUCUUAUAGUGGUUAUCAUUUUGAAAUUUCGUUUACAAACUCGUAAAAGAUUUUCACCUUAUAGUUUCUAUGUGUGCUCUACAAAUAAUCAUAUUCGUUUAAAACUUAGUAAUAUAGAAUUGGUUUUAUUAUAUUUUUUCCAGAGUUUUAUGAAAAAUGAAUUCGAAAUUAGCUGUAAUUAUUAUGUUGGCUUAUAUCCGUAUUUCUCAAAGUAAGUGUGUUAACAUUUUUAUCGUUAUUGUCGAAUUUUCCUCUGAAAACAGAGAAUAUUAUUGCACUGAGUUGUGUCUAUUUUCACAUUUAUCAUUUUAGACACUUUUAGCGGUUCCCUUUGAAUCAGACGAGCUCAAACUCAGGAAUUAGAUUUAUUUUUAGGUUGAUUAUAAUGGUAAAAAUGGGCAAUGUUUCACCGUAUGUUUUUUUUUUUUGACUUCGAACACCCCUGCAGACUUGAAAAUUAAGUUUUAAUCAACCUAGUUAAGAAGUGUAUCAUUUCAGAUUCGAAACGUAACAAAGUAUCUAUUGAUUAUACUAUGUGGGUUUUUUCAUGUCUGUAAACAACUUUUCGAAAAGAAAACUUGAUCUGAUACAUUAAACUUAGUACUUUUUUCUAAAAAGAAAUGGUAUCUUAUUGGCGUAUUGAACAGGUCAUUUUUUGAUUUUCCAAGGGUUUUUCAAAAUAAUUGGGGAAAAUUGGAAACAAAAUUAUAGAUAAAACGGGAAAUAUUUCGGCACACCACAGCGUUACCGAUUUAUUUGUUUGAUUUUCGAUGCGGUUCGAAAUAAUUGGGGAAAAUGUAAGGAAAACAAGAAAAUUUAAGAAAAUUAUGCUUAACAAAUAAUAAUUUUACUAUUAUUUGUAUUCGGUAGGUUAAGCUCUGUGGAUAAAAUGUCAAACAGAAAUGUUUGAAAAUUUAACAGGAGGUUCAUUUAAAGUUCUACUAGGUGGUCAAAAAAAAAAAAAUUUGAGUGCAAUAUAGUAUUUUUUUUUUUUUUUAUAAGAGUUUUAAUAUUAAAUUUUGAUGAAAAUCGUAAAUAUUAUGGCCUUUUAAAACAUGUAAUCGAAAUUGUUAACUUCUAUAACUGUAUGGUUAGCGAACCUUGCUCCGAAUCGUUGUUCAUUAGCAAUGAUUUAUCGUUGCUUACAGCUAUAAAUUGAAUAACUUUAUUUAUCCUACCUUCUCAACUUCCCACCUACAACAGUGGUACAGUAUUAGCUUUUUCUUUUACUUAACGAAUAUUUUUUGUUUACUUGUAACUUGUUUUUACUUAUGUAAUUUCAUUUAAUCAAACCGAUAAAUUUUAUUAAUACGGCAACUUUUUCCAGCAUAAGUGUACUCUACUACUUCUAUCACACCCAGGCAUUAUUUAUGCCCAUUUAUAUCGUAAGAAUUGAAAAAAAAAAACAAUUCAUCUAAAUCGUGGACGGUAUUUCGAUCAAUCGUCAUAAUGAAAUUUAAUGUUAUACGGAACUGUUUUAGGUUCGGACGAGGAUACGCGAGAUCUAAAACCGGUCGUAAAUAAAGUCAUUGGAUUGUUUCAAUCAGUUUCCGGAGGAGGCGGUCCGAAACCCUCAGCCAUAUCGUCGGCAACUUACCAGAUUGCUCCGGGGCCCGGAAGUUGGGAGGGAUCGACCACUCUGAUUUCACAACCUGACCUUUCCGAAAGUUUAUUGACCACUCCGGCUAUAUUGGUUCCGGUCACUAAAGAUCCAGCUCAGAGCACUGCGACACUACCGACGAGCUUCUGCAGUAGUUGUUUUUGCGAUGUCCAAGAGUAUUGCAAUAUUUAAUUAUGUCAUGAAUAUAAACAAUAAAAAAAAAGCGACUGUGUUUUAACGCUUGUAUAAUUAUAAAUUCAAUAAUUAUAUUUAUUUAUAUUUUGUUCCACACAAUUACAAUAAAC